CUCGUGCUUGUUUUCCUAGAAAAAGAAAAAGGGAAGAGCAAAAGAGAGGAAAAGGUACCAAGAAAAUCGGCGAAGGUGGUGGGAUGACAACACCUUUGAGGCUAAUGUUGCCUCUAACCACCGCCGCUACCACUGCCACCUUCAGUUUCUCUUCUUUUUCUUCCAAAUCCCUAAUAUUCUUUCAAUCACCAAGCCCUAGUCUCAGUUCCCCUAGCCCCAAUCCCUUCAACCCCUUCCCUUCCUACUACUCUUUUUCUUCUUCUCAAUCCCAUCGCAGGUGUGUUCCAGAAAAAGGAUCCACUCUUUCAUCAAGACACAAGUGGAUUUGUGGACAUAUGAGAAAAGAUCAAGACGGGGGUAGUUGGAGGGAUGAAGAGGAGAACCCAGGGCGUAUUUUUUGUUCUGACGAAGAGGUUGCCAGUCAAGUUCCAACUCAAGCCCAAUCCCUAGUGGAAGGGUCAGGGGCGGUGCUGGUAUCAGAGUUUAAACCUGUUCCUGAUGUGGAUUAUCUGCAGGAGUUAUUGGCCAUCCAACAACAAGGGCCAAGAGCUAUUGGGUUCUUUGGGACAAGGAAUAUGGGAUUCACACAUCAAGAACUUAUUGAGAUUCUCAGCUAUGCUAUGGUUAUAACUAAAAACCACAUUUUUACAUCAGGAGCAUCUGGCACUAAUGCAGCUGUUAUCAGAGGUGCGCUAAGAGCAGAGAAACCAGAGCUGCUUACUGUAAUCUUACCUCAGAGUUUGAAGAUGCAACCUCCUGAGAGCCAAGAACUACUGUCUAAAGUGAAAAAUGUAAUAGAGAAGCCUUACAAUGAUCAUCUUCCUUUGAUAGAAGCCAGCAGGCUAUGUAAUAUGGACAUCAUUUCACAUGUACAGCAAGUCAUUUGCUUUGCUUUUCAUGAUAGCAAGCUUCUCAUGGAAACAUGCCAAGAGGCCAAAAAUCUCCGGAAAAUUGUGACUCUCUUCUACCUGGACUGAAGGACACAACUUUUUCAUCUGUUUAUACAAUCUAAAUGGCUUUCAUUUGGCUUGUAAAUUUUCAUUGCAGAAUGUAAAACAGAGAAAAAAGAGGGCCCAUUUGAACCUCUUCCUUUAAUUCCAAAGGACAAUAUAUAAAUGCAAUUUUGAUUUGUUCA